GCGCCUUUACUUUUAGCCUUGGCACUUUGUCACUCGGCACUCGUCUGUCUCUGUGUUGUUCUCAGUCGUAUUUAACUUUUAAGUGAUUAAAGUUUUUUAAAGUUACCAGUUUCAUCACUCGUCGGUUUUUUUAAGUUCUGCCUGGAUUAUCUUCUGAUCCCGAUUGCCGCAGCUUAUCCAGAAUGCCUCCAAAAAGAAAUACUCCUAAAAAAGCCAGAGGGGGAAGGAGUGUGCGCAGCACACCUUCUCAUCCUUCUCAAGCAUCACAAAAUGAAGGGGACUUUGUAAUCGAACCGUCUGAUCCUUUCUCCAUUCCCCUAACUCCAGGACAAGCACUUCAAAAUUUCGAGAUAUUGGGGGAUGAGAAUAUGAGCUCACCGUUAAAUUACGGUACUCCCAGUUUGUUAUCUUCUCACAAAACUCCAGCAUCAGUCACUCGUACUACUGUUCCUAAACCUCGCAGAGAUGUUGGCCAGGACCAGCACAUCAGACAAGUCAAUUUGAGUUCAGAGCCUGAUGCAGAUUCUGGUGAUUCAGCUUUUUGUCCAACUCUAGUAAUUUGGGGUACAGAUGUCGUCGUUGCAAAAUGCAAAGCAAAAUUUCAAACGUUUAUUAAGGAGUUUAUUGGUAGCUACAUCGAUGAUAUUUCACAUACUGACAGUGCUCAGAGUGGUACGAUUUAUCUAAAACGACUGGAUACGAUUCAAGAAUUGGAAGAACCUUUUCUGAAUGUUAAUUGUGCCCAUUUGGAACAAUAUAACAUGGAACUCUAUCGGCAAUUGAUUUGCUACCCUCAAGAAGUCAUUCCGGCUCUUGAUAUGGCAGCAAAUGAGCUAUACUUCUCUAGGCACCCUGAUGCAGUGUUGCACCACCCGAUUCAAAUACGCCCGUUCAAUGCUGAAAAGACAAGAAACAUGAGGAACUUGAACCCAGAAGAUAUUGACAGCUUGAUUACAAUUAGUGGGAUGGUGAUAAGAACAAGUGAUAUUAUUCCUGACAUGCGUGAGGCUUUUUUCAAAUGUAGCGUCUGUGGCUAUACGACAACUGUUGAAAUUGAUAGAGGGCAGAUAAAUGAGCCAACUUUAUGCGUCCACUGCAACUCGCCUUUUUCAUUUUCAUUAAUACACAACCGGUGCUCUUUUACUGACAAACAAAUAGUCCGUCUCCAAGAAUCGCCUGAUGAUAUGCCUGCUGGGCACACACCUCACACUGUUACAUUACAUGUCCAUAACAGUUUGGUAGAUUUUGUUCAAGCUGGUCAGAGAGUGAGUGUUACAGGGAUUUUCAGAUCUGUGCAAAUAAGAGAAAAUCCAAGGAUGCGCACUACCAAAGCCUUGUAUAAAACUCACAUCGAUGUAUUGCACUUCCAUAAAGUCGAUUCAAAGCGACUUUUAGAACAGGGUGACAAACCCCGUAAAUUACCACCCGGGCGAAUUGACGCAAUGAUAGGCUUAAGUCAAAGGGCUGAUUUAUAUGAAAGAUUGGCACACUCUAUUGCCCCUUCAAUAUUUGAAAAUGAAGAUGUAAAAAAGGGCAUUCUUUUGCAAUUGUUUGGUGGCACGAGGAAGACUUUUAAUAUUAUGGGUCGUUCUUCAUUCAGGUCAGAGAUUAAUGUGUUACUCUGUGGUGAUCCUGGUACGAGUAAAUCUCAAUUAUUGAGUUAUGUUUACAAUUUAGUACCAAAAUCACAGUACACAAGUGGGAAGGGUUCUUCCGCUGUGGGCCUAACUGCAUACGUAUCAAAAGAUCCUGAAUCUCGUCAGCUUGUUUUGCAAACAGGAGCUUUAGUUAUGGCAGAUAAUGGAGUUUGUUGUAUUGAUGAGUUUGAUAAAAUGAAUGAUACGACUAGAAGUGUUUUACACGAGGUCAUGGAACAGCAAACGCUGAGUAUUGCCAAAGCUGGAAUUAUUUGCCAACUUACAGCACGAACUGCAAUCCUUGCUGCUGCAAAUCCUGUAGGCUCUGAAUGGAACAAGAAUCGGACAAUUAUUGAUAAUAUCAAGCUUCCCCAUACUCUUCUUUCCAGGUUUGAUCUUAUUUUUCUAAUGCUGGAUCCACAGAGUGAACUGUAUGACCGAAAACUUGCGAGGCAUUUAGUCUCUCUGUACCACAAAGCGCAAAGCAUAGUCGACGAUGAAUUCUUGGACGUGAGUGUACUACGAGAUUAUAUCGUCUAUGCGAGAGAAAACAUUCACCCAACUUUAUCAGAAGCAGCUAGAAAUUUAUUAGUCAGCUCUUACGUUGAAAUGAGAAAAGUCGGUAGCGGCAGAGGGCAAAUCAGCGCUUACCCUAGGCAAUUAGAAUCGCUUAUUCGUUUGUCCGAAGCACAUGCAAAAAUGAGAUUGUCACACACCGUGGAAGUGUCUGACGUUGAAGAAGCAAAAAGAUUAUACAGGGAAGCACUGAAACAGUCUGCAACGGAUCCCCUCUCAGGCAAAAUCGACGUGACUAUUUUAACCACUGGUUUAAGUGUUGCCGCACGUAAGAAAAAACAAGAAAUAAUUGACUCGUUACAAAAUUACUUCAAAAACAAGGCUAAAGGCUCUACAAUUGCUUACCAGAAGUUGUACAAAGAACUUAGAGAUUCGUCACAAAUUGUUGUUACUAGAGAAAUGUUGGAUGAUGCUCUUAAAGAACUUCAAGAGGAAGGUGUUUUAUCCAUGUCUAACAAGUUCACCAUAAAAUUAUUGUAAUGGGUUGUCAAUAAAUUUUUGUUUUACACCAUA